CACGCUGCCACCAACGCUGCCUCAACCCGCUCCUUGUUCCCUCCUCCCACGUCCCAGGCAGUUUCGCAGUCGUAGCGGUCCCUAGUCAUGCCUAGUAGCUCAUCGUCGGCGUCGAGCUCGAUAUCCAUCCCCGCGAGCGCACCGGCCGGCGGUCUCACCAUCACACAACCGCCGCAGACGGCGACGUCCUACUACAAGAUCGCGCCGUCGAACAACGUCACCUUCGCGUGGAACUUCACCAGCCUCCUCGUCACGCCGACAUCGCUCACCGUCUCUGCCAUAUGCGAAAACGGGAACACCUACCCCGUGGGACCGACGGACGGCAUCAUUCCCGGAACUGCGACGCAGGUCGUCUGGGAUCUGUGGGCGUAUAACCAAGCGAAUCCAGCGACGCCGCUAGCACCCACAUCGUACACACUCGAGAUUUGGGGAGAUCGGGGGAGGAACGCGCUCGCGACGGCAGGGCAGCUGUCGUCGAAUACAAAUCUCAAGUUUGCGCUGUACUCGCCGGCAUCCUACACUCCACUAGCAAGUUGGACAUGCCCAGGCUGCAAUGUCAACGGCGCACUAUCAGACUAUGUUGCGCACCCCGCCUUCGCCAGUCUCGUCGUGACCGUCCUCAUCAUGUUCCUCUCGGGGUACUCGCUCAUCCGACAAGCACUCCACUAGUUUUCCGGCGGACGCUAGUAUGGACCACGAGAGUAGACGGGAUCCAUGGGGACCUUCCUUGUACGACUCGACGUACGAUUUUGUUUGCAUUGACACUGGUUUGAACGGACUUUCCAUCUAUGGGGUACACUUGUGACGCUACGCUACGAUACUGCUUACACCUCCUUUUCCCCUCUCGUUGCACGGACUUAGCUUAUGACACAUCGCAUUUGCAGCACGCUGCUUUGUAAUGGAGCGCGUAUGGACGGACUUGCGCGGUCUGCAUCUGGUUGACAU